CGAACCAUGUCUAUGAGCCCCAAGCACACGACUCCCUUCUCCGUGUCCGACAUCCUGAGUCCGCUGGAGGAGAGCUACAAGAAGGUGGGCAUGGAGGGCGCUCAGCUGGGCUCCCCCCUGGCCGCCUACCGCCAGGGCCAGGCGGCCCAGCCGGCCAUGCAGCAGCCCAUGGCCCACGGCGGGAGCGUGGCGGCCGCCUACCACAUGACGGCGGCGGGGACCCCCCAGCUCUCCCACCCCGCCAUGGGCGGCUACUGCAACGGCAACCUGGGCAACAUGGGCGAGCUGCCGCCCUACCAGGAGACCAUGCGGAACAGCGCCGCGGCCCCCGGCUGGUACGGGGCCAACCCCGACCCCCGCUUCCCGGCCAUCUCCCGCUUCAUGGGCCCCACCGGCGGCAUGAACAUGAGCGCCCUGGGCUCGCUGGGCGACGUGAACAAGAGCCUGGCCCCUCUGCAGAGCGCACCGCGGAGGAAGCGCCGCGUCCUCUUCUCGCAGGCGCAGGUGUACGAGCUGGAGCGCCGCUUCAAGCAGCAGAAAUACCUGUCGGCUCCCGAGCGGGAGCACCUGGCCAGCAUGAUCCACCUGACGCCCACGCAGGUGAAGAUCUGGUUCCAGAACCACCGCUACAAGAUGAAGCGCCAGGCCAAGGACAAGGCGGCGCAGCAGCAGCUGCAGCAGGACGGCGGGGCGUGCCAACAGCAGCAGCAGCAGCAGCAGCAGCAGCAGCAGCAACAGCAGUCACCGCGCAGGGUGGCCGUGCCCGUGCUGGUCAAGGACGGCAAGCCGUGCCAGGCGGGCACCAACGCGGCCGGGGCCGCCGGGCUCCAGGGUCACCCGCAGCAGCAGCAGGGGGCCGCGGCCGCCGCCAUCACCGUGCCCGGCAGCGGGCCCGGCCUCAGCCAGCAUCCCAGCCACCAGGCCAGCAGCGCCGGCCAGUCUCCGGAUCUGGCCCAGCACUCGGCCAGCCCCUCGUCUCUGCACAGUCAGGUGUCCAGCUUGUCUCACCUGAACUCUUCCAGCUCGGACUACGGCGCCGCCAUGUCCUGCUCCACCUUGCUAUACGGCAGGACCUGGUGA